AUGGGCCAGAUAUCCUCCACGCCUUCGCGGAGCAGUCGGCCCUCAAGGUCACAGUCUCAGUCCCAGUCUCAGCUUCAGUCUCAGUCCCGGGUUGGAGGUCACCACCUGGCACCAGCGACUGUCGCUGCCACCGCCACUGCCGAUCGAACGACAACCCUGCCUCUGCCACGUCUAGCAUCGACACCGGGAACUUCCACAUCAUCCUUAUCGCCACCACUACCACCAGGAACCAGCACCCCUACUCCUACUCAUCCACCGCCCUCUGUUAAUACCUCUCCUGUUCACUCCCACUUUCAUCCGCACUCCCAUUCUCACGGACAACCCUGUAUAUUAGACCAUAACCACAGCCAUAUGCUCCAGUCCACCCCCCAGCCCCUUGUCUCUGCUUCCCAACGCUCUGCACAACAAGCACAGACACCGUCCUCAUCAACGCCGGCGCAGACUCCUAGUUCUACCACAGCGACAACUGCUGCUGCGUCUGCAAGGCCAAGGCAUUCCAGCACCCGUGGAAGACGCAUUCGGGCUGCAUUUAAUUUCCUGCUCUUUCGAAACAGCAAUACCAAUACCAACACCGGCAGAAACAGGGGAGCUAACAGAAGCACUAACCGAAGCACCAGCGGCAACAACAUCCACAAUAACAGCGGCAUCACAGGCCAAGAUAGAAACACUGACGACGCCGCUCCAAGUGCAAGGACUGCACCUACCGUCAAUGAUAGUAGCAAUAUCAGCAAUGGCAGCAGUAGCAUUAGCACAGUCAUAUCAAGCGCCCCCGAAUAUCGUCUAACAGGCCUCUCUGCACGACUUGUCCAACCUGAACGCUCUGGUCUUCCCACCUCAUCCCGCCCAACAUCGACUCGUCCUCAGACACCGCAACGCAUUCCUUAUCCGUCAACGUCGAGUACUCGCACACCGCGCGGAGUCUCGCAUAUGCAGCGAAGACAUGACGAGCAAUCUAUCCGCAGUUUUCGUUCCACUUCCAGUCGAUCCUCAGGCGUUCUCGCCACGCACUCAUCCUCUUCAACAGCAGCACCAUUAGCAGGACAAUUUCAGCCACAUUUGCGUCAGUAUUCUCCGCAUCCAAAUGGACAUCUUUCCACAGAGCAGGACCAGGACUCAACCCGUCGCUCCUUUGCUCUUCAAGCCUUGCCCUCUCAUCCAUUUACCGCACAUGACAUACAGACAAAUCACUCCGCAUCAUCACAAAUGAUUACGGUGGAGUCCUUGGAGACUAGGAAUAUCAACGCGGUCGAUUUGGGUCUUGAUGCCAGCCCAUUUGUUGGACAUUCCAAUCCACGAGGGGGCACGUCUAUCUCAUCCAGCCUAUUACCUAUUCGACCAGAGUCUGAGGAUGAAGAUGACGAUAGUCUUGCAGCCAGCGACGUUCACAACCAGCACAGGGUGGUUGAUCAGGAACAGGCUCUCGAACAUGGCCUAAUUAGUCCAUCAAGUGACACCAACACUGUGUUCGCACGCCAUCGCUCUGAUACAGAGCAGAGCCAAGGCCAUAUGAAUGCAGGAGUCAGAGAACGUGCAGGGGAACGACCGCGUGCAUCGAGGCCAAGUCGAUAUCCACCUCCCGAAUUGAUUGCCGAUGUCAUCCGUGGGCAGAUAGCACAGGGCAUUGCAGAAACUGAAGCAAAUCGUCCACCGCCGCUAACAGAGCAUAGAUACCCAAUGCCUAGUUCACUAACCACACCGAUGGAAACCCUUCGUAGCAGCACUACCAGGACGAACUUGAACGAUGGAACAAUUGCUCUAGAAAGCAGCACUUAUGGGCCUCGUUUGGAUGCUGGCUCGGGAGGAGAUUCGACAACUCACAGGAGCGCCGCCAUUCAUGGAAGACGAUCUCGUUCAUCCAGUCUCCGAGGAUUGCUUGGUUAUCCGACCAUGGGCACUUCCGGGACUAGCGUCAGAGGCACAGGGAUCGACAGAGGAUUCACUCCAGUACGACACGAUCAGAGAGCUCGGUUGGAGGAGACUGUGGAUCAAAGACGUUUCGUGGAAAACCAACUUCCAUUCUUCACGCGUCUUUUGAUGGAAAUUGGCCGAAGUCUGCGUGGUGGUCAGGGACACAGCACCGAAGGGGAUCGCGACUCACCAACUCGCAGUACAUCAAGCCCAGCUUUCACGUCGACGACAGAAGGCAGCACUAUUCCUUCCUCCGGUUCAGGUUUUGGUCUUCAUUCGAGUAUCAACGACGCGUCCGUAUCAGACAGUGCCCUUCCACGCAGCAGGCCAACGCUAGCCAGCGGCACUCUCGAUCAACGCAGCGCCCCAUCACGGCCUCGUCGACACACCACAAUUCGCUUUAUUCAAAUCGGAGGUGGAACAAGUCUCGCCGCUUUUAGCGCUACACGGCCAAGAAGCGGGUCUGUUGGCUCAGGGCAGGUCUCAUCUCGCAGCGAGACACCCGAUCAUGCGACUCGCGUGGGACAUGAAGAACUGGCGGAUGCGAUUCUCAUGUUCUUGAGCAGCCCUGCGUCUGGAAACGGGUCUGAUGCAGAGCCUUCGGAGACAACGUCGCAGGAUGGAGGUGAGACACCUCGAACACGGCCUCGAAGGUCGCCUUGGGUUGUUUUUACUCUUUCAGGGGCCUAUCUCAGCAGCCUGCUGGCGGGCGCUGCAGAAGACGGCGACGACGAGGGAUUGAGCUAUGAUGACCUGUGGAUGCUAUCUAAUAUGAUCGGACCUGCACGACCGACCACGACGACACAGGAGGCCAUUGACAAUGCUGGCUUUCACGUGGGUCAGUUUGAGGACGCAGCCCAGGGAAUGCGCGACUUUGACAUGUUGGGCGAUGGAUCCAAGUGCCUAAUCUGCAUGAGCGACUAUGAGGAGGGCGAAGGUAUGCGUGCCCUGCGCUGCAAGCAUGGCUUUCAUCAGGAGUGCAUUGACAAGUGGCUCACGACAGGAGCGAACAAGUGUCCGGUCUGCCGAGCAGCAGCCGUGGUGCCAUCCGACACUGCACUGCCAGCACCCCUCUCGACAGAAGAAUAA